GUCCAACACCAGGAAACGAUACCGAUUUGGCAGACAAAAAGGAUGUUCGUCCUUGACCGACGUGUUCGAUAAGAUUCCGCAAAAAUGGCAGAGCAGGAUUCUGGAAAAAACCAAGGGAGUACGAUGUCAUCGUGUGAGCCACACAGACAGACGAAUGAUGACAAGAAAAUGGAAGAACUUUGUGUAGAAAGGCAAUCAGAGGGUCCGGACCAGACAUCAGAAUUUCAGCCAUCGGUCCCGUUUCGAGAAAAGACAACGAUUAGAGGCUCUGGAAACAUUGUUGUAAAGAAUUCUACUGGUACCGUCAUCAACGUAUAUCAGUGUCCUCACAAUGCAACAGAAUGCAGUGAUGUUCAAGCCCCAGAUGCUGCUGAUAGCUGCGAAGUGGCACUGAAGACGCACUACAGGAGCACGGGCAGCUAUGUGCAGAUGAUUCCAUGGAUCGACGAUGACAAGAAACACAUAAUGGACAUCUACACAAAACUACAGCUAGAAACGGAAAGCUACAGCGGUAAAAUACUUGAAUCGUAUGAUGACAUCUUCCUCUUAAAAACGAGGGAGGGUGACGCAGUAGACAUAGCUGUUUUGAAUGGGUUGGCCGGGAGAGGGAAAUCCACGCUCUUUGACAAGAUGGUGUAUGACUGGGCAGUCGGCUCAAGUCGAGCACUGCAAAGAUUUAAGCUUGUCUUCCUGUUGAAAAUGCAUGCGCUGGAGCAGAGCUCGGACCUCAUUGAUGCAGUUUUUGACCAGCUCUUGGCCAAAGACACGGGUGUGGUCAAGCACGCUCUGGAAGCAUUUGUCAAGGAGAAUCCUGGUAAGGUUCUCGUUCUCUUAGAUGGCUUCGAUGAGUUCAUGACCGCCUCCCUUUGUCCGUCCGCAUUUGGGUCCAUCCUGGGAAUCCUAAACCGUGAAGUGUUCAGGGGCUGUAGUGUUCUGGUCAGCACCCGCCCCUCGCACUUUCACAGAUUGGUAACGAGACAACUUGUCGAAGAUCCAUUCACAUAUGUCAGGAUCUUGGGGUUCAAUGAAAACGACAUCAGUGAGUAUGUCAAGAAAUUCUACUGUGACAAAGAGAACAUGGCAAAGGGGCUUCUGGAAGCUAUUCACUCAUCCAGCCUCCUUGCCAAUCUGGCGAAGAGUCCAAUGUUGCUACUCCUGAUGUGUUUGCUUUGGAGACAAGAUUCCGCACUCCCUGACACAAUGUCACGCCUGUACAAUCAGGCAUCCAAAUACAUCUUCAAAAGAAAAGGUGAUAUGUCACAAGAAGAGAUAGCAAAUGUUAUGAUUGAAAUUGGCAAGGUGGGAUUGCGUGGACUUCUCUCUCCCCACCAAGUGCUCUCUUUUAAAGAAAGCGACUUCGAGAAAACUGUCCUUGACUUGGCAAUCAAAGCAGGCAUUCUGACCAGGCAGAGAGUCCUGAAGGGACUGGAAUCUCACAACAGUUUGCAGUUUAUACAUAAGACCUUCCAGGAAUCCGCUGCUGGAAGCUACCUGCAAAGCCUGUUCACAACAGACGAGGGUGAAUUUGAAAGGAUUGUGAAAGAAAUUGUGCCAAAGGGGCCUGAGGGUUUGGGGUAUCUUUUGCGCUUCUGUUGCGGGGACAAUGAGGCAUGCACCUACAGGAUUCUUGAGAUAUUUCAGGAGAGUUGUCAGAAGUACUUAUCAUUUGACUCAAGGCUUGGUCAGUUGGCGCUACACUGUUAUUUUGAGAGUCAGUCAAGCAGUUUGCCUCCGAGCGACCUCAUACAUUCAUUUAUAACAUCGGACAUUAUCAUUCGGGAUCUCGACAGUGAUUGCUUUAACUCGAUCACCUAUUUCCUGAAACGUGUCGCUUCCCAGACAAAGGACAGCGGCAAUGCCUUCCUUGACAAAGUCAAGAAGUUUCAUGCCACGCAGUCUGCCUUGGUGCGGUGCGGUGAAGACUUAGCUGUUGCCAUGAGCGCAAUGACAAAUCUUUACUAUGUCUGCUUGAAGGAUAAGUGGUCCAAGUGGGGUUUUUCACAAAGCGUUAUCCUGGACGGGAAGGCAGAAUCCUGGUGCAUUCACUUGAGGAAGGUAAAAAGCCUUCAGAGACUUAACUUAAGUCGUUGCUCCUUGAAGGGGCAGGACAUCAGGCAUGUCACUGAAUCACUUGGGGAUCUACCAAACUUGGUUGAAUUGAACAUUUCCUUCAAUGACCUUGGUGGUACAGCAGAAGUAUGGUGCAUGCCUUUAAGGCAUGGGCAGUGCCUCAAGAGGCUUGACUUGAGUCGUUGCUGUUUGACAGGACAUGACGUCCAGAAAGUUGCUGAAUCACUUGGGGAUCUACCCAACUUGCUUGAGUUGGAUCUUUCCGAGAAUGACCUGGGUGGCACAGCAGAAUCAUGGUGCGUGCAUUUGACGCAGUUGCAGCGACUGCGGCUACUUAACUUGCGGCAUUGCUCAUUGAUUGCGCAGGACGUCAACCACGUCGCAGAGUCACUCAGGGACCUACCCGACUUGGUUGAACUGAUCCUGUCAGAUAAUAACCUUGGCGGUACGGCAGCACUAUGGUGCGUGCCUUUGAAGCGUCUGCGACAACUACGGCAGCUGAACUUGCGUCACUGCUCACUGAUCGCGCAGGGCAUCAAGCAUGUUGCUGAGUCGCAGCCUGACUUGGUUGCGUUGAUUCUCUCUGAUAAUGACCUGGGUGGUACAGCAGGCUCACUGUCCAUGCAUCUCAAGCAGCUGCCAAGUCUUAAGAAGCUGAACCUCAUGUUCUGUAACCUUUCAGAGGAAGAUAAGAAACACAUCACUGACUCACUGAGUGAUCUGUCUGACAAUAAUGGGUUAGUCAUCAACUUCUGAAGACACUUGCUUUGGCAGGAAAGCAUAAUUCUGACAAAAGUGUGGUUGAAUCUGAAGGCCUGUUUGAAUGGUUCGUGCAAUAUUUAAAAUAUUUUCAACUCAGUAAGAUAAUUUCGUGGCCAUAAAAUUGACAGGGACAUCCCCUUCUAUUUGCAGAAUUUCUUCAGGUUACUUGUACAAACAAUAGCUUCUCACAUAUAUGUCCUAAUUUUGUACACCAGUGGUUCUUUAAUGUAUGUAUUGUCUUCAUGGGCGUCGCCAAGAUUUUUUCCCAAAUUGCUUGAGCUUUCGUUUGCAUAUUCACAAUUUAUCAUUGUUUCGAGGGUGGGCGGGGGACAUUUACCCAUGAACACAUCUAGUUUCGUAUUUGCAAAUAAUGUACAUAUUUUUACGACAGCCCCCCCCCCCCCCCGCCCCAUCCUGGCGACGCCCAUGACUGUCUUGUAGAAGUAAUGUGUAAAAAAAAACUUCAUAAUAACUAAUAUGCUUUGCAGAUAUUCUUGAAGUUUAAGAGCUGUAAUGAAGUCAAUCACAAGUCAAACCAUAUACAAGGUCACAGGUAACGAGGGGUGAACAAUAAUGUAAUAUAUAAACAAGCACAAAGAACACAGAGAUUGUGGUUGGCUGUGUAUGUGUCAGCUUCAAUGGCGGUCUUUUUACCGGAAAUCCCCUGAAAGCUUGUCAAUAAAGGUUGGCAUUAAUUAUUAAUAUUUCAUUGAGACAGAGUUAAACUUGGACUGCUUGUCAAUAAAGGUUGGCAUUAAUUACUCAUAUUUAAUUAAGACAGAGCCAAACUUGGACUGCUUGUUAACAAAUUGCAGAGGAAAGGCCGGUUGGUACUUCAUGCGAAUAUUGAUGCGAUGCGUUUUUGAUGUUACAAAGCAUUUGCUGCGAAACUUGCCGGAGUUGAAAUGUGUUCAACUUUUGCGAAUUUGCAGCGCGAAAAACUUGCCCCUAGGUCAGAAGUUUGCAUUCGCAUCGAGAAUGAACCGGCCUGAAUAUAACUUGUCACGGUUCUGUUCUCUUUAAUUAACAUGAUGAUUUGAUUGAUUUGUGAGUACUUGUGUAUGAUCUGAUUCCAAAAUCUUUCUUGAAGAAAAGUUUAUCCAAAUGACAGCAGAAAUUCUUUAAUUUCACAGACUGUGAAGCCAUGUAGUGGAUGAUUUAGGGUGUAAUCAUGUAAAGAGUCAGUUGUUUUUUGUAUUGUUUAAAAGUGCAAUUGUUGUAGAAAGUAUUUAUUACAUGUUCAUGUACAUGUACUGGUACAUGUACUUGUACAUGUAUAUUUAGCUGCAUAUUUCUGUGCAUAUCUGUACAUCGACAUCUAGUUUCUUAUUUGCAAAUAUUUAUAGAUUUGCACAAGUUCACGAACUUCCAAUAAAUAUUGUGUAGUAUAUUUAUGUAUUCGGCACAUUCCGAUGUAUACGCAAACACUGAUUUUUUGUUUUAAAGGGAAAAUA